UUGCUCCCAUUCUCUACUCCUACUGCUCUACUUGUCAUUCAGUCGGACAAACCGUUGCAUCUCGUGUUUCUUGAUUUGUUUGGAUAAGCGCAGAGAUGAGGACUUCUGCUGUGGUCUUUGCCUCUCUUCUCCUACUACUUCUGGCUACAAGAGCACAUGGAAUCAGGCUGGACAGGCAGUUACAUGAAGCAAUCAACAAAAAGCGGGGUAUGGUCGAUACGAAGUCCGGCGAAGCAUCCAUUGCUCACUCGGUGAGCAAGCACUGCACUCCAGACGGGCAUUGCUCAGGAAAGGUUAAAAAGCCACUGACGAACGCUGAAUCGGGCGCAGCGAAGCAGCAGGAGAGCCCAACGAUGAACGGUCACACGACGCCGCAAGGUCAGCACGAAGCGGAGGUGGCGAGCCACGGCUCCCAGGACGCGGCCGCGGCUACCCCGGGCGUGCCGCGGCAGCGGCAGACAUACCCAGACGUCCUGGACAUCGCCGGGAUGGACUACUCGCCCGCCACGAGGAAGCCUCCCAUUCACAACUGA